UAAAGAUCGGGAACAAAGAAUUGGCGCAAACGGCGCACCAUAGGUCUUAACAUCUCGCGCAACACGAUGAUUCUCCGAACGACAGCGCCAUGGGCUUUUCCAUGGGUUAUGGACCGGCAAAGGACGAAGAUAGCAAAAAGACUCUGGCCAAAGCCGUCGAGCUCGGAUGCGUCUUCUGGGACUCGGCCGUGGUGUACGGAGCUGGACACAACGAAAAGUUGCUCGGCGACUUUAUUAAAGAGGCAGGGUGUCGGGACAAGGUCUUUGUCGCUUCGAAAUGCGGCAUCGAGGUCGGUCUUCAGGCAUUUCAUUCCCAUUCAUUCGAAACGCGUCCCGCUGGUGUUCCCUUGCUUCUGCCCUUGCUGCAUCAGGUCGACUUCGAAACCAAGCAGAUGGGCAAGGCGAACAACUCUGCUGCCCAUAUCGACGAUUUCAUCGAAGGGACCAUCGAACGGCUCGGAUUCACCCCGGACUUGUAUUAUCUUCAUCGGAUCGAGCCGGGAAGGGACCUGAACGAGUCGAUUACGGCUUUACAAAGGCUCAAGGAAAAUGGGAAAUGCAAGUACAUCGGUCUGAGCGAAUGCUCGGCUCAGACUCUGCGUAGGGCUUGUCAGGUCGCCCACAUCGAUGCCCUUCAGAUCGAAUACUCCCCCUGGUUCACCGAUCACGAACAGAACGGCUUGAUCGACACCGCCAAAGAGCUCGGGGUGGCCAUCAUCGCCUAUUCGCCCCUGGGCAAGGGCGUAUUGACGGGGAGCUAUCAAUCUCAAGCAGACUUUGCCGAAGGAGAUGUCCGCAAGACCAUCCCUCGGUUUAGCGAAGAGAACUUGGACGCAAACCUCAGGCUGGUCAGGGAAUUCCAAAAGCUGGCUGGGAAGAAGGGUUGUACUUCCGGGCAAUUGGCGUUGGCUUGGGUGAUCGCUCAAGGUGCGAUUCCGAUUCCUGGAACCAAGUCCGCGGAUAGGGUCGUGGAAAAUUUUGGCGCUACCGACGUCCAAUUGUCGGAAGAUGAGCUCAGGGAGAUUAGAGUGAUCAUCGAAGAUGCCAAGCCUGCGGGAGCAAGGUACAACGAAGGAGCGCUCAAGAUGGUCGGGCACUGAAAUGUCGGUUGUAGG